CCACAACGGCCUGCCUUCUCCGUGCGCGAGCUCGACGGUCCAAAGUAUAAAGAAACGCGAGCGUUAUUAUCAGUGGAAAAAAGUCGCUUGUGUUGUAAGCUCCGCGCGCGGACACAAGCUGGAUUCCUCCUUGCUAACCUUGAUCCAGGAAUACAUGUCCUUAAGGAUAAACCGACCUUUUCCCAACUUCAGGAGUAACCAUCUUAAAAUGGAGUGGGAAUUCUGGAUUUAAAACGGAGAGGACUUGAAAUGGGUGGUCUGCUGCUGGCAGAGGUGCUGCUGUGGAGUUGGCUGCUGAUGGCGGUUGAUGGCUCGCCUCUUCUUCUCUUUGCCAACCGACGAGAUGUGCGAUUGGUCGAUGCGGAUAGCGUGCGGGGAGAAUCCGCCAUUGUUGUUAGUGAUCUUGAAGAUGCAGCCGCCGUGGACUUCCUGUUUGAUGAGAACCUGAUAUUUUGGACAGACGUCAGCGAGGAGGCCAUCAAACAGACCCAGUGGAAUCAGUCCUCCAACUCCCUUAAGGAGGCUCUGGGAACCGGCCAAACCGUGGUAGUGUCAGGGCUGAACAGUCCUGAUGGGUUGGCCUGUGACUGGUUGGGGAAGAAGCUCUACUGGACAGACUCGGAGACUAAUCGAAUUGAAGUGGCCAACCUAGACGGCACAUCCAGGAAAGUCCUGGUUUGGAUGGACUUGGACCAACCCAGGGCUAUUGCACUUAACCCUGGUCAAAGGUACAUGUACUGGACAGACUGGGGAGAAGAGCCACGGAUAGAACGUGCUGGCAUGGAUGGCAGCAGCAGGAAAGUUAUAGUGAAUGAGAACAUACACUGGCCCAACGGUCUUACAAUAGAUAUAGUGCAAGAGAAGCUGUACUGGGCCGAUGCCAAACUCAGCUUCAUUCACAGAGCCAACCUGGAUGGAUCUGCACGAGAGGCAGUGGUGGAGGGUACCCUGACCCAUCCUUUUGCACUAACGCUGUCGAAGGAGACAUUAUACUGGACUGACUGGCAGACUCGCUCCAUCCACGCCUGUAACAAACACAGUGGAGAAAAAACCAGAGAGAUCCUCAGUGGGAUUUAUUCUCCAAUGGACAUUCAGGUUCUGGAGCCCUAUCGACAGCCUUAUAUCAAAACUCCAUGCAGCAACUAUAACGGAGGUUGCAGUCACCUCUGCCUGCUCUCACCGGUCGAACCUUUCUACAGCUGCGCCUGUCCCACGGGAGUACAGCUUAAGGCCGAUGGAAAAACAUGCAAGCCAGGAGCAGAACAGGUUUUGUUGCUGGCUCGAAGGACAGACUUGAGGAGAAUCUCACUUGAUCUGCCGGAUUUCACUGACAUAGUACUACAGGUUGAUGACAUCCGACACGCUAUAGCUAUAGACUAUGACCCGGUUGAAGGUUUUGUCUACUGGACAGAUGAUGAGGUUCGGGCCAUACGGCGAUCCCACAUUGAUGGCAGCAAUGCCAUGAUACUGGUUACUAUGGACAUCAGCCACCCAGAUGGCAUUGCUGUUGACUGGGUGGCCAGAAACCUCUAUUGGACCGACACUGGCACUGAUCGGAUUGAGGUUACCAGACUAAAUGGGACAUCUCGGAAAAUUUUGAUUUCGGAGGACCUGGAUGAACCCAGAGCUAUUGUUCUGGAUCCUGUCAAUGGUUUCAUGUACUGGACGGAUUGGGGUCAGCAUCCUAAGAUUGAGCGAGCAAACUUGGAUGGAACAGAUCGGGUGGUCCUGCUGAAUAACUCUCUUGGCUGGCCCAAUGGAUUAGCCAUAGACUACAAAGCAGGAAAACUUUACUGGGGAGAUGCUAAAACAGACAAGAUAGAGGUAAUCAACGUGGAUGGCAGUAACAGGCAAACUUUGCUGGAAGACAAGCUGCCUCAUAUCUUUGGUUUUACUCUGCUGGGGGAGUACAUUUACUGGACGGACUGGCAGAGCCGCAGCAUUGAGAGGGUCCACAAAGCCACAGCCGUGCGAGACAUCAUCAUCGAUCAGCUGCCGGAUUUAAUGGGUUUAAAGGCAACCAAGGUCACAGAGACCCAUGGUACAAAUGGCUGUGCAGAGAAUAAUGGUGGGUGCAGCCAUCUGUGUUUUUGGUGUGAACGGGUGGUUCGCUGUGCCUGCCCCAUGGGUUUGGAGCUCCUUUCAGACCUCCGGACCUGUGUGGUGCCAGAGGCCUUCCUGCUAUUCACCAACAGGGACAGCAUCAGGAGCAUUUCUUUAGGUACGAACAGCAAUGAUGUGGCCAUCCCUCUCACAGGAGUCAAAGAGGCCUCCGCUCUUGAUUUUGAUGUUUCAGAAAGGAGAAUUUACUGGACAGACAUACAAGCCAAGACCAUCAGCAGAGCAUACAUGAACGGCAGCUCUGUGGAACACGUUAUAGAGUUUGGACUUGGCUACCCUGAAGGCAUGGCCAUUGACUGGAUGGGUCGCAACGUCUACUGGGCUGAUACUGGUACUAACCGCAUUGAAGUGGCACGGUUGGAUGGCCAGUACAGACAGGUUCUAGUCUGUAAGGAUCUUGACAACCCACGCUUGCUGGAUAACCCACGAUCUCUAGCACUGGAUCCAGCACAUGGCUACAUGUACUGGACUGAAUGGGGUGGUCGUCCACGCAUAGCCAGAGCCUAUAUGGACGGCAACACUAUCAUUACGUUAGUUGAUAAAGUGGGGCGUGCCAAUGGACUGACUAUUGAUUAUGUGGACCAACGACUCUACUGGACUGAUUUGGAUACGUGUAUGAUUGAAAGCACCAACAUGCAAGGCCUCCAGAGGGAGAUUAUCGUGGAUGACCUUCCUCACCCCUUCGGACUUACUCAGUACAGGGACUUCAUCUACUGGACAGAUUUCAACCUUCGCAGCAUUGAACGGGCUGAUAAACGCAGCGGACUCAACCGCACUGUGGUCCUGCAGGGUCAGCUGGAGCUGAUGCUCGACAUCCUGGUAUUCCACUCCUCCCGUCAGGAUGGCACCAAUGAAUGCUCACAGAAUAAUGGGAACUGUGCCCAUCUCUGCCUCGCCACUCCUGCUGGUGCCCAGUGCCGUUGUGCCUUCCACUACACUCUAAACCCUGAUGGGAGAAACUGUAGCUCUCCAUUAAGUUUCUUACUCUUCAGUCAGAAGGCCAGCAUUAGCAGAAUGGUGUUAGGAGAUCAGAGUCCUGACAUAAUCCUUCCAAUUCAUGUCAUGAGGAACGUCCGAGCCGUCAGCUAUGAUCCCCUGGAACGGCUGGUUUAUUGGCUGGAUGGACGACAAAACAUCCGAAGGGCCAGGGAUGAUGGAACCAUGUCUUCAAUCAUAGUAAGCAGCCCUUCUCAACCAGUGGACAACCAGCUUCAUGACCUGAGCCUUGAUCCCUACAGUCGCCACAUUUACUGGACUUGCGAGACCACCAACACCAUCACCGUUCAGAAGAUGGAUGGUCACAUUGUUGGUGUGGUUGUCAAGGAUGACACUGAUAAGCCACGAGCCAUUGUGGUCAAUGCUGAGAAAGGGUACAUGUAUUUCACUACAGUACAGGAGCACUCUGCUAAGAUCGAAGGAGCAAGUCUCGAUGGCACAGAGAGGGAGUCCUUGUUCUCCACUGGUCUAAUUAGACCUGUCGCUCUGGCUUUGGACAACAAGCUGGGAAAACUGUUCUGGGUCGAUGCUGACCUCAAACGCAUUGAGAGCAGUGACCUGACAGGGGCCAAUCGCAUUGUUCUGCAGGAUUCCAACAUUCUUCUGCCAAUGGGACUGACAGUUCUGGGAGACCAUCUGUACUGGAUUGACCGACAGCAGCAGAUGAUCGAAAGGGUAGAUAAACUGACUGGGGAAGGCCGCACACGCAUUCAGGGACAAAUAUCAUACCUGACAUCUAUCCAUGCAGCAGAGGAGAUGGACCCGCAGGAGUUGGCAUCCCACCCUUGUUCCCGAGACAAUGGAGGCUGUUCUCACAUCUGCAUUGCAAAAGGUGAUGGAACAUCUACCUGCUCAUGUCCCAUGCAUCUAGUUUUACUCCAAGACCUGCUGCACUGCGGAGAGCCUCCCACCUGCUCCACAGAGCAGUUCACAUGCUCCACAGGAGAAAUCGGCUGCAUACCCAUGGCUUGGCGUUGUGACCGUUACCCAGAGUGUGAUGACGGCAGUGAUGAAGAAAACUGUCCCAUCUGUUCCUCCUUCCAAUUCCAGUGUGAUGAAGGAAGCUGCAUUGAUGCUCAGAAACGCUGUGACGGAGAACCCGACUGUCCUGAUAAAUCUGAUGAGCAUGAAUGUGACACUGUCUGUCCACCCAACCAAUUCCGCUGUGGGGACAACCACUGCAUCACUAAAAAACAGCAGUGUGACAAUUAUUCCGACUGUCUUGAUGGAUCUGAUGAGCUAGCUUGUGAAUAUAUUUCUCCCUCCUCAAGCUUCAUUCCCAGUAAUGAAACCACAAAUCCUAUUGGUCCAGUCAUUGCCAUUAUUCUCCUCAUGUUUGUGAUGGGAGGAGCCUGCUUUAUCUGUCAGCGUGUGGUGUGCCGACGUUACAAGGGUCCUAAUGGGACUUUCCCUCAUGAAUACAUCAGUGGAACGCCUCAUGUGCCGCUCAACUUCAUCAGCCCCAGCAGCUCUCAGCAUGGUACCUACCAAGGGAUCUCCUGUGGAAAGUCUACAAUGAGCUCAGUGAGCUUGAUGGGCAGCAGCAGUAGCGGAGCCCCUCUCUACGACAGGAACCACGUGACUGGAGCUUCAUCCAGCAGCUCUUCAUCUACCAAAGGAGCUUUCUACCCAAAGAUCCUGAACCCUCCUCCAUCUCCGGCCACGGAUCGGUCUUUGUACAACACCGAGAUCUUCUAUUCCUCCAACAGUCCAUCUACAACCAGAUCAUACAGAACCUACCACCCAGUGCGAGGGGGUGCCCCACCUACAACCCCUUGCAGCACAGACGUCUGUGACAGUGACUACACUCCCCACCACCCACCCGCCGGGCUGCCAUUGUCAGCAGGACGCUGGAAGGCCUCGGGCCACUCCAGCCACGGCAAACCUAAUAAAUACUACAUGGACCUUAACUCAGACUCGGACCCGUAUCCUCCACCCCCCACCCCACGCUCUCAAUACAUGUCAGCUGAGGAAAGCUGCCCCCCAUCCCCUUCCACUGAGCGAUCCUACUUCCACCUGUGCCCCCCUCCUCCUUCCCCCUGCACCGACUCAUCGUGACCCUCCAACAGCCUGGGUACCCUGUGGGAAACAAAGGGAUGAAGUGAACUCACUUCUUUGCUCUGGGAUAAACUAAUGUGCCAACAGUCAGCUGGGGCUUCCUCAUAAAUGUGUCACUUUACAUGAACUAGGUAAAGGGCCUUGCUCAAGCUAUGCCCAUCCUUCAUCUGCCAUUCCAGUCAUGCUCAGGACGGCUCCUGUUGUGACCUUCACCUGAGGAGAACUGCCGUGCUGGAAUGUUCUGUAACUUCUUGAAGGUUGGAGUUUCGAGGCCUCAGAAAAUAAACAAUGAAAGGAUUCAGCCAGUAGCUCCUUCCUCCACUUUCAUUCCAUCUCAUGAGGAAAACAGUAAUUGGGCCACUUUUUCAUGACAAAAACAUCCUGAAAUGUCCAGUUGCUUCUUUAACUCUUGAGUGUGAAAAUUUGAAAUGAGCAGCUGAAGAAAACAGGUCACAGACUGAAACCAAGCCAUUGACUGGGACCCCCUUUUCUGUCAGUCCCUAGCAUUAUAGCAUUUAUCUGCUCCCCUGUCAGACGCAUGGCAGCAGCAGGGCCCAUCAGAUUGAUGUCCUCCUUGUUGAUAUUUUAUUGGUGCAGCACAAACACGGUGUGAAUGAGUUGAGGAUUGAUAGGUGAAUGAUUACAUAGGAUGUGUGCCACAGGCUUCCUAGGCAGUCCGCAAAAGUGUGGAAAAUAAUUUCAGUAUUUUCCAAGUCUGGAUAAGUAGGGGGAAAAAUGAAAAAAUAUUCCUAUUUAGAAACUUUAUUCCUUAUAACAUUAGCCCCUUUUCCAUUGUUCAAAGGUAAAGGGCAAUGAUGGUAGAGAACAGCAAAAACUGUGAUUAAAGUUUGAUGUACACUACCGCUCAAAAGUUUGGGAUCACUUAGAAAUGUCCUAAUAUUUCUAUUAGAAUAACAUAAAAUUAAUGAUAAAUAUAGUCAAGACAUUGUCAAUGUGAUAUUCUGUCUGUAAUGAAGUGGCCAGCACAGUCACCAGAUCUCAACCCUAUUGAAAGGUUGCGGUAGCAGCUUGACUGCACGGUAUGUAAAAAGUGGCCCCAAAGCCAAUCCAACCUGUGGAACGUGCUUCAGGAGCAGCUAGAUGUCAAAGUCUGCAAAGCUGUACUUGUUGCAAAAGGAGGAUUAUUUGAUUUAAGUGUUUCAGGUACAAAUCAUUAUUUCUAACCUUGUCAAUGUCUUGGCUAUAUUUGCUAUUCACUUUGCAACUCCUUUGAUUAAUAAAAUGUGGAUUUUCUUGGAAAAACAUGACAUUUAUGGCUAACCCCAAACCUUUUAGCAGGGUAUUAUACUUUUUGUGACAGAAAACAAACUUUUACAAUAUUUUUUGGCUGUUUGAUUGCAAAUAUGUUCUGAUGUUUCACUGCUCUAACAGCCAGCUCGCCACUUAGUGGAAGAUGAACAUAGGUUUCAUCCGGUCAGGUGAUAUUUAACAUUUCAUCUUUACCGUAGUUUAUUUCAGCAUUUGAUUUAUUACUGAGCAAAUUGUUUUGGCAGGGAUUAAAACUAAGCUUUAUAACGGGAUAAUUGUUAUUUAACAUUAAUGGCUAACUGGAUUGUAGGAGAGAAAAUGUGGAAAUGAAUAAUUCACCCAUCUUUAA